UGUAGCGAGAGGAAAGUAAAAGCGCUAAGGGAGAGGAGAAAGUUCGCAAGGAGAGGCAGGACUCUACUGGAUAGCCCUGCAGUCUCACUUUAUAUGGUUCCAAAAAGACUUUUCUUCCAGUCGCUUUGCAUUUUCUAUUGUUAUUUUAUAUUUUAAAAGAUUACGCUGAAUUUGAAACGGAACAGAACUGAAACAAUCAUGGAACUCCUUUGCCUCGAAAUGGACACCGUCAUAAGAGCCCGUCCCGAUCCGAAUCUUCUCUAUGAUGAGAGGGUUUUACAGAGCCUGUUGACCAUCGAAGAAAGGUUUUUGCCCCAGUGUUCGUAUUUUAAAUGCGUCCAGAAGGAUAUUCAGCCUUUUAUGAGGAGGAUGGUUGCAACUUGGAUGCUGGAGGUUUGCGAGGAGCAGAAGUGCGAAGAGGAGGUUUUUCCUUUGGCAAUGAACUACUUGGACAGAUUUUUAGCCGUGGUACCCACCAGAAAGUGCAAUCUGCAGCUGCUUGGAGCGGUUUGCAUGUUUCUUGCAUCUAAGUUGAAAGAGACGCGUCCAUUAACGGCAGAAAAACUCUGCAUCUACACUGAUAAUUCCAUCAAACCACAAGAGCUGCUGGAGUGGGAGCUGGUGGUCCUGGGGAAGUUGAAGUGGAACCUGGCAGCCGUCACCCCCAACGACUUCAUCGAACACAUCAUGAGGAAGCUGCCGCUGCCCAAAGAGAAGCUGGCGCUGAUCCGCAAGCACGUGCAGACCUUCAUCGCCCUUUGCGCCACAGAUUUCAACUUUGCGAUGUACCCUCCUUCCAUGAUCGCCACUGGCAGUUUUGGGGCGGCCAUCUGCGGACUCCAGCUGGACGACGGCGACCAGUCCCUCUGGGGGGACAACCUGACAGACCUGCUAGCCAAAAUCACCAACACUGAAGUGGACUGCUUGAAGGAGUGUCAGGAGCAGAUCGAGAGGGUGCUGGUGAGCAGUCUGCGGGAGGGCCGGCGGCAGCAGCAGCAGCAGCAGCAGGAGCAGGCUGGGCCCAGGAGCAAGGCCCUGGACGAGCUGGACCAGUCCAGCACCCCAACAGACGUUCGGGACAUCGACCUGUGAGCCCCGCGUGGGAGCGUCCGCACCGCACCGCACCGGGACAAGUCCUCAAACCAAUCAAAACCAGAAAAAAAAAACAACAAAAAAACGAAAACAAGAAAAAAAGAAAAAAACAAAAAACCCCAACAACAAAGUGCUUGCUAGUAUUGUCUAGAAAGAUGUUCUUGUUUUUUGUUUUUGUGUUAUGAAGCCU